AUGAAACAUGACAUAAUACAGAACAUUAAGCUCAAGUUUGCCUCUGAGGUGAGGUUUGAAGGCUUCUCCCUCCGAGCCCAGGAUAGAGAGACAUGGUACAGCCUGCUGCCUUCUGAUCCAGGAUCCCAUAACAACUCUGACCACAAGCUACACUCAGAGACAUGGUACAGCCUGCUGCCUUCUGAUCCAGGAUCCCAUAACAACUCUGACCACAAGCUACACUCAGAGGUGUUCCAUUACUUCCGGUCUGUUCUAGACCUGGUUCAGUUGGUGACGGUGGCAGAUAUUCCCAGCUUCCUGCGCUCCAGCACAGAGUUUCACCUAGAACUAUCCUCCAAAUCACUGAGAGAUAAACGGCUCCUUGAUCAGUUCAGAUCACUGUCUGGAAAGGUAGGGGCACUGUUCUCUCUAUCCUGUACGGUCAGCUCCAUGGCUCUACCCCCUGCCUCUCAGCUCAGCUCCCAGAAGUGGAAGGCCUUCAUGGCUAAGAGGCCCAAGACCCUGCCUGUUCCAUAUGUGGAGGUGAAGGGUGAGAGAGGACACUACUUCCUGUUGGUCCAGGGGUCAGAGGGCGGAGGCUGCAAGGCCCGCAUGAUACACUCAGCCAAUCAGAUCAAUGGAGCCGCUGCCAUGGCAACCGUCAAUGGGCUUCUGAAAGAGAAUUCUGUGUCGUCUUCAGGUUCCACCACUACAGACUGGCUGUGCUCCCUGCCCUGUCUCCAUGGAGACCAACUGCUACAGAGGAGAGGAAUGAGCUUUAUUGCCACCAAAUAG